AUGAAUAACUGGCUGAUCGAAAUCAACUACGCCCUCGAAACGACUCUUGCGGCCAUUGAUAAGUAUGAAACGGAACCAAAAGUCAGAGCGGCGUUUACAACCUUCUUCGGAGUCAAAGAGACUGCAAAAGCCACAACAGGUGUCACAAAUAUUCGUAAAAUCUUCCAAUGGGUCUACAAUUUCUUCUCAUUCGCAUUGAAUGAUGAUGGUACUCCUUGGUAUCCUAUAGAUAACUCACGCUAUAUCUUUUGCGACAGUACUUGGCUUAUAGAGCAAACGCAAGACGACACGGCAAAGGACUAUCAGGGUAAUGGCAUCAUAGACAAAAACGGCAAUCUCGUUCCCAUUGAAUCAAUACCCGGUUACAAGACGGCCAUCGGUACAAAGGCCGGUAAUAAGAUCUGGUGGUCUGGCCAAUACGCGCCUUUCAACGGAUACUACUUCUCACCAACCGGCGCAGAUUACUGCAGCAAUCCAAAAAGUCUCGGUCUCACCUCCUUUAUCUCAGAACUAGAGGUAAAUACCAAGACCGGAACACUCAAGGGACGUCGACAGGUCGAAGACAUCAUCAUCUGUCCUUCGAGCUUUACAACCUCGGCACCAAACUCGUUCACGGCCGGUGAUGCACUGAUCUCCGCGGGCACAGGCCUUGACACCGUGUUACCCAAGAGUGCAACGCUCCUCCAUGAGUCGUUUCACAACCUGUUUGGGACAACUGGACAAUAUGGAUUUCUACAAGUAGGCGAAGAAUAUAAUCUCAUGACGUGCAUCAGCUGGGCCAACGUAAACGCCGUAAAUGGGGCGCGCAAGAACCCCGAGAACUACGUAUUCUUCGCUGCGCACAUGUUCUACCUAUAUGGCACAGCGAGCCAAGGCAUAUCCAGGAAUUGGGACUUUGAGAUUAUUGAGGAAGCGAAUGGAGACAAGAAGUUUGGGGCGAAAGCUCCCUAA